AUGCCUGACACUCCAGAGGUUAGAGCCCUCAAUCUGGGUGCACCGAUCGGUGAACAUACAGAGUCAACAACCGCUGGCGCCGCGGCAAACAACAGUACACCUACGUCCGACAUCCCUUCUGCUCACAGCAAUAACGGUGCUCACUCUGCUGCACUGUCCUCAUCAGGCAAUACCUUAGCAGAAGAUGAGCAUGAAAAGCAUAGCGAUGGACUGUAUACCGAAAAGACACAGCACCAUCACAGUGAUUCUAAUAUCGCCAAAACCAAACGAUCCCCCAAUGAUUCAUCCGAGGAUGUAGUCGCCGACCUCGAACCUCACCACGUAAAUGUCAACAGAGGAAAAGAGGAGUUUCAUGCAUUAGAAAGGAGAUAUUCAACGCUCUCUCAGCGAAGCGGCGGAGCCGAGCUGCAUCGACCUACAACCCGAAGAUCCAUUCAAUCCACCUUUUCUCGACCUGAAAGAGCUGUCUCUCAUUUCUCUGCCGCAGAUGCUGAAAAAGCGAAAGCCGCCGAGGAGGAAUUCAAUCUCGCUGAAGUGUUAAGAUCCAGAAGAGAGAAUUUCGAUGAAGCUGGGAUCAGGAGAAAAGAUGUUGGUGUGGUUUGGGACAAUUUGGAAGUUAUCGGUGCGGGUGGUAUGAGAAUCAAUAUCCGAAACUUCUCUUCAGCCAUUAUGGAGCAAUUCAUGAUGCCUGUCAUCAGCCUUUUAGGCCUUGUCGGUUAUAAUCCUUUCGCACCGAAACCAAAAACUAUCCUGCACAAAACUUCAGGUGUCCUCAAACCUGGAGAGAUGUGUCUAGUCAUCGGUCGACCUGGUUCAGGUUGUUCAACUUUCCUCAAAUCUAUAACCAAUCAACGUGACGGUUAUUUGGAAGUAAAUGGAGAUGUAGAAUAUGCGGGUGUGCCAUGGAAAGAAAUGAAAAAGCGAUAUGCUGGUGAGGUUGUAUACAACCAAGAAGAUGACGAUCAUCUUCCCACCCUUACCGUUGCUCAAACAAUCAGAUUUGCUUUGUCCUUGAAGACACCCAAGCGAAAGAUCCCCGGAGUCAGCAAUGCUCAAUUUAAGGAAGACAUGCUCACCCUUCUUCUCUCAAUGCUUAAUAUCAAGCACACUGCCAACACUAUUGUCGGUAAUGCUUUCGUCCGAGGUGUAUCUGGUGGUGAGAGAAAACGAGUGUCCAUCGCCGAAAUGUUCUGUUCCGGCGCUACAGUCUGCUCUUGGGAUAACUCUACCCGAGGUCUUGAUGCCUCCACAGCUUUAGAUUACGCCAAAUCAUUGAGAAUGCUUACCGACAUCAUGGGACAAACCACCUUUGUAUCUCUUUAUCAGGCCGGUGAAGGUAUCUACGAGCAAUUCGACAAAGUACUCGUACUUAACGAUAGUCACGUUGUAUACUUUGGUCCUGCCAAGGAGGCAAGACAAUAUAUGAUGGGCUUAGGCUAUCGAGAUCUACCUCGACAAACCAGUGCCGAUUACCUGUCCGGAUGUACUGAUCCUAAUGAAAGACGAUUUGCCGAAGGUCGAAGUGAGGAGGACGUUCCCUCUACUGCCGAGGCCAUGGAGAAGGCAUACAUGGAAAGUGACAUUUGCGCUCGAAUGGCCCGUGAGAGAGAGGAAUAUCAAGCGUUCAUGCGAGAAGAUGCUACCGCGAGGGAAGAUUUCGUGCACGCUGUCUCUGAGCAAAAGCACAAGGGUGUUGGCAAAAAAUCCCCCUACACUGUUCCCUUCAUGUCUCAAGCUCUUACCAUCGCCAAACGACAAAUCACCCUCAAAUUCCAAGAUAAGUUUGGUAUCUACACUGGUUACUCAACUUCUAUCAUUAUUGCUCUUAUUGUCGGUUCAGUCUACUUCCGUCUCCCUGAAACCGCUUCAGGUGCUUUCACUCGAGGCGGUCUUCUUUUCUUAGGUCUAUUGUUUAACGCUCUUACUUCUUUCUCUGAAUUGCCCUCUCAAAUGAUGGGUCGAUCUGUCCUUUAUCGUCAACAUGAAUACAAAUUUUAUAGACCAGCCGCAUUCGCCCUGGCAGCUGUAGGAGCAGAUGUCCCAUAUAGUGCUUCAAACAUAUUCAUGUUCAGUAUUAUUCUUUACUUUAUGGGUGGAUUGUAUUCUUCCGCUGGCGCCUUCUUCAUGUUCUUCCUCUUCGUGUUCACUACUUUCAUGGUCAUGAGUGCCUUCUUCCGAACUCUCGGUGUCGCAACUACUGAUUACAACACGGCUGCGAGACUUGCGAGUGUGCUUAUCUCUUUCAUGGUUACCUACACUGGUUAUAUGAUUCCCGUUCAACAGAUGAAACGAUGGCUUUUCUGGAUCUUUUACUUGAAUCCUCUUUCUUAUGGCUAUGAGGCAAUCUUCGCAAACGAGUUCUCGAGAGUCAAUCUUGCUUGUGACACCAAUUAUAUCAUCCCCCACAACAUUCCUACGGCAGGUAUCACUGGCUACCCCGACACUGUCGGCCCCAACCAGCUUUGUUCUUUGAUGGGUAGUACACCUGGAUCUGGAACCGUUAGCGGAACUGCUUACAUGGAGACCGGUUAUUCAUAUUACAAAUCUCACAUUUGGCGAAAUUACGGUAUCCUCAUUGGUUUCUUUGUAUUCUUCAUGCUCUUGCAGAUGUUCUUCAUUGAAUAUCUUCAACAAGGAGCCAAACAUUUCUCUAUUAACGUCUACAAGAAGGAGGAUAAGGACCUCAAAGCUAAAAACGAGCGAUUGGCCGAGCGAAAGGACGCUUUCAAUGCCGGUAAAUUGGAUCAAGAUUUAUCUGCCUUGAAGAUGCGACCUGAACCGUUCACCUGGGAGGCUCUCAAUUACACGGUACCUGUUCCCGGUGGUCAACGUCAAUUACUCAACAACAUUUACGGCUACGUUAAACCUGGUUCUCUUACAGCUUUGAUGGGUGCUUCAGGUGCUGGCAAAACUACUCUGCUUGACGUGCUCGCCGCGCGAAAAAGUGUCGGUGUCAUUUCUGGUGAUGUGCUUAUGAAUGGUCGAUCCAUUGGUCUUGAUUUCCAACGUGGAUGUGCCUACGCCGAACAACAAGACACUCACGAAUGGACUACUACCGUUCGAGAAGCUUUGCAAUAUUCCGCUUAUCUCAGACAACCCCAAGACGUACCAAAGGAAGAAAAAGACGCUUACUGUGAAGACAUCAUCGAGUUACUUGAAUUGCAAGAUCUCGCCGAUGCUUUGAUCGGUUUCCCUGGUUAUGGUCUUUCUGUGGAGGCUCGAAAACGACUUACUAUCGGUGUGGAACUAGCCGCUAAACCCGACUUGUUGCUUUUCCUUGAUGAGCCUACAUCUGGUCUGGACGGUCAAUCAGCUUACAACAUUGUCCGAUUCCUUAAGAAACUCUGUGCCGCUGGUCAAAAGAUCUUGUGUACCAUCCAUCAACCCAACGCUUUGCUCUUCCAGUCUUUCGAUCGACUUCUGCUUUUACAAAGAGGCGGAGAAUGUGUUUACUUUGGUGAUAUCGGAGAAGAUUCAAACACACUCAUUCAAUAUCUCGAAAGAAACGGUGCUCAAGUACCUCAUGAUGCCAACCCUGCUGAGUUCAUGCUCGAAGCUAUUGGUGCCGGUUCCCGAAAGAGAAUUGGCGGCGACUGGGGAGAGAAAUGGAGAAACUCUCCUGAAUUCCAACAAGUCAAGGAGGAAAUUCAACAUCUCAAAUCUGAGGCUUUAGCUCAUCCAGGAGAAGAUACCGGUAAACAUACUGAAUACGCUACCACCUUCAUGUUCCAACUCAAAACUAUGCUUAACAGAACCAAUGUCGCUUUAUGGCGAAAUGCGGACUAUCAAUGGACUCGACUUUUCGCUCAUAUUGCCAUCGCUUUGGUCGUCACUCUUACUUUCUUACAACUUGACACCUCUCUCCAAUCGUUACAAUAUCGAGUAUUCGCCUGUUUCUUCGCUACUAUCUUGCCUGCUUUGAUUUUGGCUCAGAUCGAACCUCAGUAUAUCAUGAGUAGAAUGACUUUCAACAGAGAAGCAAGCUCGAAGAUGUAUUCUUCCACCAUUUUCGCACUCACUCAAUUGCUCGCUGAAAUGCCCUACUCUCUCGUCUGUUCCGUGGCCUUCUUCCUUAUUCUCUACUUUGGUGUCGGUUUCCCAAAUGCCUCUUCUAGAGCCGGUUACUUCUUCUUGAUGAUUCUCACCACCGAAGUAUACGCCGUGACUCUUGGUCAAGCUGUCGCCGCUCUUUCGCCUUCGAUCCUCGUUGCAGCCUUGUUCAACCCCUUCUUACUCGUUCUCUUCUCUUUGUUCUGUGGUGUCACCGCCCCCCCAGCCACUCUCCCUUACUUCUGGCGAAGCUGGAUGUACCAAUUGGACCCCUUCACUCGUCUUAUAAGUGGGCUUGUCACCACUGUCCUACAAGACGUUGAAGUAGUAUGCAAGGAUAAUGAGUUCAAUAUCUUCUCGCCACCAUCCGGUCAGAGUUGUGUUGAAUGGGCCGGUUCUUACGCCACCGCCGUCGGAGGUUACCUUAACAACCCCGAUGCCACCACUGACUGUCAAUUCUGUCAGUACCGAGUUGGACAAAGCUUCUUCACGCCUUUAGAGAUUGAAUUCCAAAAUAGAUGGCGAGAAUGGGGUAUCUUUUUGUGUUACGUGAUAUUCAACAUCAUAGUUUUGAUCACCGCUGCCAGGUUCUUGAAAUGGCAAAAACGAUAG